CUGAGGCACGCGCACACACGCAGCAGACCAGAAGCAGACCAGCAGCAGAUCCUCGUCCUGGAGAGUCGACGACGCUUUUGUUUGAUUCCUCUUUUCCGGCGCCUCCUCCUCCACCUCCUCCUCCUCCGCCUGUUGCGCACCGGGCGCGGUGCCGCUGGAAGCAUGGCUGCCAUCAAGGCUCUGGAGCUGUGGUGUAAAGUGCAGUGCGACGGCUACCGAGAUGUGGCCGUCACCAACAUGACGACUUCGUUCAGGAACGGAAUGGCAUUUUGUGCGCUCAUACACAAGUACAGACCGGAUCUGAUAGACUAUGACUCUCUCAGAAAGGAGGAUGUGUUUGAGAACAACAGACUGGCUUUUCAGAUCGCAGAAGAGAAGUUGGGUAUCCCAGCUUUGUUAGAUGCGGAGGACAUGGUGGCCUUAAGGAUCCCUGAUCGACUGAGCAUUCUAACUUAUGUCUCCCAGUACUACAACUACUUCAAAGGCCGAACUCCGGUGGGGGGUGUGAAAAGGCCAGCAGAGGGCUCCAAGGAGGAGCCAUCGGAGAAAAAGAAUCUCCCAGUGGUUGCCAAAAGCUUUGUCCCUAAAACUGGCGUUGAAAACCGUUUACCCGCGACCCUUUCGUCUCGCACCUCACCCAAGUUGGCCAGAGUUGCUGCUCAGGCCAAGUCCUCUCAUAUUCCAGUGGAGCAGAUUGAGAAAGAGUUGAACGAUAUUGAGACAAACUUGGCUCAGCUGGAAAAGGAGGGAGUUGAGCUGGAAAAGAAGCUCCGGAGCUGUGAAGAAGUGGGAGAUGGGGACAUACUGAUGGACCCGCUGAUGGUUGACUGGUUUAAUCUCAUUCAUAAAAAGCAGAUGUUCAUCAGGAAGGAGUCGGAGAUUGUGUACAUAGCCAAGACUCAGGAGCUGGAACAGCAGCAGCCAGGAGUAGAGGAGGAACUUCGCCGGCUGAUGGAGAAACCAGAUCAUUUAAAGUCCAGAGAAGAGCGACAACGGGAGAAGAAGCUUAUGAAGAGAUUGAUGGAGAUUGUAGAUGGCAGAAAUGCCAUUGUGGAGGGUCUUGAUGAGGACAGGCUAAGAGAAGUUGAAGAAGACCAGCAGCUGAAUAAGAUGAUGAAAAAUCUUGGAGUGAAGAAGCCCAAAAUAAAGAGGAAGUCUUCCAUCUCAAAAUUGUUCAGGCGAAGGAGUAAAAGACGAGUUGAAUGA